AUGUUCGACGUCAUUUGGACCGAUCCCAACCGCGAGCUCGUGGGGGAGCGGAUGCUAAGGAAAGAGAUCGAGGGCAAAUCCAAGGACAAGGAGAAGAAGAAGUCCCAAGAUGGUCGCCAGUCAGGUUCCACUACCGGCUCAUCUUCAAGCGAGCGCGCCUUCGGGAUCUUCGCGAGUAAAAGCCGAAGGAAGCCUUUCACUACAUCGAAAGCCAAGGAGUCGAACACGAACUCGGCACAACUUGCUGGCGACGAUGUCAAAGGCAAUCGGAAUACGGCAUACGCUGUUAAAACCCUGCUUCCGGGUCAGGAUGAGGCGGAGGUCGCCCCGCGACCUAUUGAUGGACCAUUCUUACCGGUCCAGUCGCCUGAGGCCUGUGACGCCUCUUCCAGCCCAUCAUCUCGAGGUCUAGACUCCAUGGUAUCGAAAUGGACGCAGCAAUCCGCUACGACCAAUGGUGUACUAGCCGGCGCGUCUGCAAGGGACUCGAUAGCCACUUCCAAGUCGGAACACCUGGUCCAGACUCUGGGCCCAUCCUCCUUUAUCAUCAAGAGUACCGAGGUCAGUGUAUCGCCGCGAACCCCCGAGACCGACAUCGACCACCUCGUUUCGGAGAUACACAUCUCCUCGGAUCGUACGAAACCGGACACCCCUCCGUUGCCAGAAGUACCUGAAGGAGGAGCUCGCAUGACCUUCGAAGAGCCAGGAACCAUCCCGCCUCCGUACCGUCUACCACAGACCCCGCCGCCCAUCGAAGGCGGAAACUACCCAGGCCUGUUUACAUCUGGCUACAACAGCAACGAAAGACUGGGUAAUCCGGAUGCUUGGAAGCCCCCGCACGAAUGGGAUUGUACACCGACAAAGCAGAGCGCAAGUCCAUCUUUCGAUGAAAGGCUGCGAGUAUCACCAGCCAGUCCAGAGGCUGAUCACUACAUGUCUCCGGAUCUCCUAGCUUUGCAGCGAGAGGUCCGAAUGAUGGCCGCAGCUAGUCCGGAACUCAUGCUUGCGAAUAUGAAGUCCGGCAUGGGGGAAGCCUCUGACGCCAGGGUUUACAGAGAGCUUGAAAUGGCUAGGAAGCGUUGGAUGUUCUCCGCGUUGCACCAACAUGGUGGGUAUGCAGAAUUGGCUGAGCUCGUGAACAAUAGUCCAGACAGUCCAACCGCGACAAAGACCCCCAGGAUUCUUGCCCUGUACGAAACCCAGGCAUCAGCCUCGUUUCUCGCAGCGCUACACCCGCAAGUCUCGAUAUCCCACCUAUCGCCCAACCCUGUAUCCCCGAACCUCUUUCCGAAUGUGCAACCGAUCCUAGUACCCGCAAUAUCAGCCUCCGCUGGCUCACGGUCACUUCCUCCUCAGUUGUACACGACUGUGUCAUGCUUGUCCAUGCCAGCGUUGUUUCCCUCGACCGAGAUUCCUCCUUUCCUCCGACACAUCAAUCGCUGCCUCGCACCUGGUGGAGCUCUGCACUUGACUCUCAUCGAUCCGCAACCCGUGUCAGCUUCUAUGGGACCCAAAUUGAGAAACUGGCUAUUCGAAAAACUCCUGAUCAAUCUGGAGCAGAUGUUCCGCACGACUUAUCCAAGCGGUACAUUUCCUGCCUGGUUGGCAGUUGGCCGUCUCCGAGGAAGGGGGAGCACGAUUGCGACUGUUUCCGUACCCGCCGUAACGGAGAGUCUGGCCAAAAUGGCCGGGGUGAAGGAAAGCACGAGGGUGACGACCGAGCUUCGUUGCCUGGUUACCAGGAUGCUAUGGCAAGAAGUCUGGGGAGGCUUUGUGCAUGCAGAUCGAUGGUGGUGGGAAGAGGAAGCGAUAAUCAAGGAAUGUACCGAAAUGGGUACUUACUGGCAAUACUCGCACAUCGUCGCGGUCAAGGAAGAUCGUUGA